UAUGACUCAGCAGUCCCGCCGGCUCGCCCCGCAGUUGCGUGUUCAGUCAGAGUGCUGAAGGCGAGAAUUUUGAGCUGCGAGCGCGGACGAGACGGGUGCGUGCGCGCGCUCCCUCCCCUCCCCCCCGUGGCCAUGAUCGUUGGUUUUGUCAAAACUGUGUUCGUCAGGUUCAACUCCAGCCAUGGUUUCCCAGUGGAGGUUGAUUCAGACACCAGCAUCUGCCAGCUCAAGGAGAUGGUUGCUAAGCGACAGGGAGUUCCAGCUGACCAGUUACGUGUGAUUUUUGCAGGGAAGGAGCUUAGGAAUGACUUGACACUGCAGAUUGUAAGUGCUGGGAUGGUUUAUUACCACCAGAAGGAAGAGAACUGGGGAGAAAAGUGGCAGCCCCAGAAUGAAAGACACAGACUUCAAGAUAACUGUGACCUGGCGCAGCAGAGUAUAGUUCAUAUUGUUCAGAGUCCCUUAGACAGUGGUCAGCAAAGGACUGAUGUUGAAACAGCCAACUCUGGAGGUAUUCUAGGAGCCAUGGAAAAAGAGCCUGAAAGUCUAACCCGUGUAGACCUUAGUACCAGCGUCCUCCCAACUUAUUCCGCAGGUCUGGCUGUUAUUCUGGAUACUACAGACAACAGCAUUUCCCUUCCAUCUGCUAAAUCAGGUACAGCUAGUUACAACAGUUUUUAUGUUUUCUGCAAAAGUUUCUGCCAAACUGUGAAGCCUGGGAAACUGCGGGUCCGUUGCAGUAUGUGUAAAGAAGGGACGCUGACUCUGACAAGGGUAAGCAAGAGAAUUCAAGUUUUUAAAGAGGGUCCAUCUUGCUGGGAGGAUGUGCUGAUUCCAAACAGAUUAACUGGCACUUGCCAAUCCCGAAACUGCCGUGGAGAUAUAGCGGAGUUUUAUUUUAAAUGUGGAGCACACCCUACUUCUGACAAUGAAACAUCUGUGGCUUUGAACCUCAUUACAACAAACAGCCGGCAUAUCACAUGUAUAACAUGCACAGAUAUUAGAAGUCCUGUGCUGGUGUUCCAGUGCUUGCAUCGCCAUGUCAUUUGCCUAGACUGCUUCCAUUUAUACUGUGUGACUAUGCUGAAUGAUCGCAAAUUCAUCCAUGACCCUGUGCUUGGCUACUCUCUUCCAUGUGUUGCUGGCUGUCCAGACUCCUUGAUUAAAGAGCUUCAUCAUUUCCGAAUUCUGGGAGAAGAACAGUACAACCGCUACCAGCGCUAUGGUGCAGAAGAGUGUGUGCUGCAGAUGGGCGGAGUGCUGUGUCCUACUCCAGGAUGUGGUGCUGGCCUGCUUCCUGAACCAGAAGUGAGAAAAAUAGUAUGCGAGCCAAGCAAUGGACUGGGCUGUGGGUUUGUCUUCUGCCGUGAAUGUAAAGAAGAAUACCAUGAUGGGGAAUGCAGCACUCUCCUCAGUUCGCAGGAAGCCAUAGCCCAGAAGGGAUAUAAGAUUGAUGCGCAUACAGCCAUGCAAGCACGAUGGGAAGAGGCAUCCAGAGAAACAAUCAAGAAAACAACCAAACCAUGUCCUAGUUGCCAUGUACCAAUAGAAAAAAAUGGCGGAUGCAUGCACAUGAAAUGUCCUCGAGCUCAAUGCAGAUUUGAGUGGUGCUGGAACUGUGGUUUAGAGUGGAACAGGACCUGCAUGGGAGACCACUGGUUUGACUAAUCGUUCAGUAGUGCUAAGAACAGCCAACCACUUCAUUGUUGUCUGGGUCAAAUCCUGAACUCUUUGCUUAGACAUAACUCCCAUUGGCUUCUGGAUCAAGGAGUUCAGAAUCAGGCCUACUGUUUGUUUGUUUAUUUCCUUGUAUAUCAGAGCACACCAAAAAUUGAGUUCAGGUAAUCUUAAGAGUUUUAAACCCACAAAGGCAGGAGAAAUUCAGAUGGCCAGACUCACUAGUGCUGGCACAGGAGGGGUAAAUUACAUCUCCCUGCACCAGGGCAUCCUACUGGUAUAUAAGGCAGGCAAGGUCAUCACCAGCAACUCUCCUUGGGUUUCAGUUCUUUUGGUUAUGAUCAGGGCUCCAUAAAUCUCACUGGCAAAAGCAGCAAUGUGGGUAUGCACUGAAUCAGAGCUGCACUUUCUCAGUUAGCACAAUCAAAUUUGGGGGAAAUUCUGGCUCUUUACACCUCCCCUAGUGGAAGGGAGGCUGUGGCAAUUUUCUGCCUUUGCAGUCUUCUUCCCUGACAGAUUAUCAGCUGGGCCCCUGACUCUGACCCAGAAUCUUAGUAAAAACUGCAGACUGAGAAAUCCUAGUUGUGCCUGUAUAUUUGAAACAUAUGUUAUGAAAUCUCACUCAAUAUAUUCCUUACAGAUUCAUAUCAUAUGCAGCUAUUACAGGAUUAGUGAAAGAUGCAGUUUCAGCCUUAACGCUGAAUGUUUUUGCUGUGGUGGCUGCAAGUCGGAGUAACAGUGUUAUAUGAGUGAGAUUCCUGAGAUUUUGUUUCUUUUGUUUUGCCUACCGCAAUAUUUUUGGCAUGAUAUUGGGGCAGCUUCUUGGGGCUUAUUAUCAUGAUGGUGGUUCCCUGGAGAUUUAUUAGGAUUUGGGUGUAAUUAUGAAAAAGUGUUCCCUGCAUAAACUAUCAAGGCACCUGCAUUCAUUUUGGUGAAUGCAUGUUAAUAGGAGUGCACCAGGUAUUUGUGACACCUCAAAAUCUGAACAUCCUUACUAUCUCACCUGCUUUAAACUGUUUUGGUUUGUUUUUAUUAAACACCAAAAGGCCGGUCACAGGCUAUGUAAAGAUUUGCAUAACUCGCUUAAAUAACAGAAGAAGAAUAAAGCAGUUGAAAUGA